AUGACGCUGCAAAACUUGACGCAAGAGCAUUUUCAAAACCUUGUAACGCUCAGGCAACUUGACUUAGCCGGGAAUAAUAUGAAAAUUUUGGACGAAGAUGUCUUUGCAACAAUUACGCGUUUGAAUUUUCUGAACUUGAGCCACAAUGGAAUCGUCGAGUUAUUACCAAAUCAAUUUGCUAAACUGGAUAAACUGAUAAUACUGGAUCUCAGCUACAACUCGUUAACAUAUUUAAGUCCUAAACUUUUCGAGCAAACCUCUUUGUUAUGGCAAUUAAAACUCAGAGGCAAUCAAUUGCACGGCACAGCAAAUAUUAUAAAAGUUCUCAAACCGUUGGAUUUUUUACAUAGGCUAGACUUAAGCAAUAAUAAAUUGCGAUCGAUUUGGGGCAAGGCGAGUUACGCCAAUGCCCCAGCUACAUUGGCUACAAAUUUACAUAACAGCAAUAUGCCGUUGAACUUCGAUUUAGCAGAAGGUCUGAAUUAA